GGCACUGCCGCUGCCCGUAGCUGGCGUCCCCAACAUGGCGGCUCCCCAAGAUGUCCACGUCCGGAUCUGCAACCAAGAAAUUGUCAAAUUCGACCUGGAGGUGAAGGCGCUUAUCCAGGAUAUUCGAGACUGUUCAGGACCAUUAAGCUCACUCACUGAACUGAAUACUAAAGUGAAAGAGAAGUUUCAGCAGUUGCGGCACAGAAUACAGGAGCUUGAGCAGUCUGCUAAAGAGCAAGACAAAGAGUCAGAGAAGCAAGUUCUGCUCCAGGAAGUAGAGAAUCACAAAAAGCAGAUGCUCAGCAAUCAGACCUCCUGGAGGAAAGCUAAUCUUACUUGCAAAAUUGCUAUCGACAGUCUUGAGAAAGCAGAACUUCUCCAGGGAGGAGACCCCUUAAGGCAAAGGAAAACCACCAAAGAGAGCCUGGCCCAGACGUCCAGUGCCAUCACAGAGAGCCUCAUGGGGAUCAGCAGGAUGAUGUCCCAGCAGGUCCAGCAGAGCGAGGAAGCCGUGCAGACGCUAGUCAGUUCUUCACGGACUCUCCUGGAUGCAAAUGAAGAAUUUAAGUCCAUGUCGGGGACCAUCCAGUUGGGCCGGAAGCUCAUCACAAAAUAUAAUCGCCGAGAGCUGACAGACAAGCUUCUCAUUUUCCUUGCCCUGGCCCUUUUUCUUGCUACAGUCCUCUAUAUUGUGAAAAAGCGGCUCUUUCCAUUUUUGUAAGAUCUGAGUGCUGCCAGCUUCUGCCCUUUAAGCUCCAGUGUCAGGAUCCAGCCGUGCUCCUGAGCCCUGGCCCAAGCUGCCAAACCCAUCCACGCACCCCAAGUCGGAUACAGUUGCUCAGCAGGUCGAAUGGAGACACAGCCCCCCAGGUUUCUGCAGGUGGCUGGCUGUUAAAGGGCGAGCAGAGCAAGGAGAGGCCUGUCAUCAGGAUACCUACAGGCCACAGGGACUCCAAGAGCCAUCGCACACUAUGGGUGGCUGCCAUGUAGGGCACUCAGAGGCCAGCCUCCAGGAUUUGAUGCUUCUCCUCUCUCUCUCCCACUGUGGCUUUAAUGCCAGGUCUGGUGGAGGGAAGAGAGAAGCGGGGGAAGAAAGACGAUGAAAACUCAAAUCCAUUCCUUGAAUAAACUUGACUGUAUUUAGCAGAAUGAAAUG